AAUUAUGCCUCGAAUGCGUAACAGUGGCGAAUGUAACAUUUGCAGCGUUGCGUAAAGAGCGUUCAGUGUGGGCCGAUAAGGCGUUCAAUUUUUUUGGUUUUUCUUUUGUACACUGAGAAAAUCCUGAUAACCUAUUGUCGAGCACCGGCGAUCCGCCUACGCUGCGUGGAACCGCUGGCGUUGCUGCACGCCGAGCGACGCGCGAACAGCUCAGUCAGUCGGUCGACGCACGCGCGGCCUCAACGACCGUCCGCGAUCACUCAACGCGCGAAUGAAUCCGCCGCCCGCCCAAACUUCUUCGUUCUAAACUAAACAUUUCCCAACCGAAUUUUAGUGUUUUAAGUAUACUGAACUUUUUCAACAGUGGACUCAAGUGGUGUUUUUAAAGGAUGUACAUGUUUUCGCUGACGACGGACACGAGAGGCUUUUGAGGAAAACUUCGUAGUUUUGAAAAAUGGCCGGCAGUGCCGACGGUGCGGGUCUCGAUGGCGAUUGCGACGGCGUCUCACGGCUGACCGGCCUCGCAGACACCUUCGACAUGAACGAUAUCCCCCUCACCAACUACAGCGUGGACACUCGGAGAAUGCAACUGUAUGCCCACCCUCACAUCCACGCAGCGGAGCUGUCGAUACAUGCGGUGUCCACCCACGAGCUGCUAAAACCUAAGGAUGAACCAUCGUACUCUCUGGCUGCUUCCACCAACCUCUGUUCGGUUAAUUUACAUCAUACAGGUACAUCGCCGUAUGAUAGUCGGAUCUGCAUCCAGGAAGGUAACGAUGCCUCCAACCCUGGCGUGAAAGGCGAGGAGGAUUUAUCUCGUGUGUACCAAACCCUCAGUCUACCGGCACUCUCCAGGGAGGACAACAAUAGUUCUAAUAACAGCAAUGGGACAGAAACGAAAAGUAAACCAAAGACGGCGCCUCCCAGCCCCGGCAACUCGGAGAUGAAGCCGCAAUCCACUACUUCCACGUCACAAGCCCUCACCAAGCCGCCCUACUCCUACGUGGCCCUUAUCACGAUGGCCAUCCAGAACAGCGAGACCAAACGAGCCACUCUCAGUGAAAUAUACGCUUACAUCACCAAGGAAUUUCCCUAUUUCGAGAAGAACAAGAAAGGCUGGCAGAAUUCAAUCCGGCACAAUCUUAGUCUCAACGAAUGUUUCUUAAAAGUGCCCCGGGAAGGUGGCGGGGAGAGAAAGGGGAAUUAUUGGACUCUAGAUCCCCAGUGCGGGGACAUGUUCGAGAACGGCAACUUUCGGCGCCGGCGCAGGAUGAAGCGGCCGUUCCGGACCACUCCGUACUCCAAGGCGCUGUUCGGGGACGGGUACCAUGUGGCCCAGGUGGCCCAGCACGUGCCUCCCCACAUGCAGCCUCUCCCGCUUGGAGCCAGAAAUUACUUUGGCUCCACAUCACCUUAUCCACCUUCUUACCCUCGAUAUGACACUCUUGCAUAUUCCAGCGCGUGGCUGACGCAGUCUACCUCUGGUCUUGGGUACGCCAGCACUUGCGGGGCCAUGGGGAGAAGCCCGCCGGGGUGCUCCCCGCACGGUGCCAUGCCGCACCAAUCCUCGCCCGUGGCCGUCCACCCGUUUGCCCCACACCAGCUCCAGGGCCAGUUACAGAAUUCGCUGCAGCCAAUGCAGUCUUUACCUAUGAACAGUUAUAAUACCAUCGGAGUGUCGGCUUUGGAUGGUUCGUCGAGUCCCGGUCCCGGAUACGCCCCCUCUUCGGGAGGGUUCUCCCCGAGUCGACACCACGACAUCGUCACUUCGUCGGACGCUGCCGUCUCCAGAUUCUCUUUCUGGCCCGAGGGAGGGUCCCCUAGCCCCAACGCUGGGUACGUCCCGAGCAGCAGUUUCUCUCCCCCUCGACGCCACGAGGUGACGUCAUCAGACGCGGCGGCCGGCGCGCGUUUCUCGUUUUGGCCUGACGGUGAAUAACUAAUCUUAAGUUGGUGUCAAAGAAGAAGCUUCUUCGAGCCUCGUGUCCAACGGGCCGCCUUACUCAAAAUAUUUUAUGUAAUACCAAAGUUGGAGGGAAACAAGACUACAAUAUAUCCAUUAUACGCACUCAGUGAAUAUGAGAUAUAGUGGACUACACGACUGUAAUUUAAAUUUGAUGUAGUAGUGAUCAAUGUGUAAAGAAGUAGGGUCCAUAUCAGGAAAGAACUCCCGAAGACGUGGCGCUACUGUAGCUGCAAACAACAUUUCGCCUAUCUGUUAUUGGUAGUUACCUCAUAUUUCCUCUGGCCUUCUUUCGUGGUAUGGUCUUUAAGUUUAAGCAAUUGGAUUUUGACACAUUUUUAUAUUUACAUAAAGUUAGGGUUGCCAAUUAUAAUGAAUCAUGCGAUCCCUGUGAUUAAAUUAAAUUUUAUACAUCGGUAUAAAUGAAGUGUUUUGCAAAUUGUCAGUGAAUUGCGUAAAGAGUCACAGUGUAGUAGACACUGCCUGAAUAUUUUAAAUAUAUUGCAUAAUUACAACUACUAGCUAUUAUGCCAGCCAGCGCUUGCCAUAAUUAAAUCGAUUCAAAUAAAAAACUAAGUUUGUGUCAAGUAAUAUCGGAAAAAAUAGGUAAGUGUAGAAUCGCAGGUAGUAAUAUGUAGGUAGGUAUGUAGAUUUGAAUAUGAGAUAAUGUAUUUGUCAGAAUAGGAUAUCAAAUGGAAAGGACUGCCUGUGAGAAUUUUUAUAUUAUCUGUAGGUAAUCCCAAAUCAUAUUUUGUGUUUCAGGGUAACCCUAAUAAGCAAAAAUUAUGAUCGAUACGUUAGGAUGCAUCGGGAACCCACCGUAAAGUUAAUAUGGGUACAUUAAUCGCGUCACUCACAAAACUGCGAAGUCAAUAUUAUAUUAUUUCAUCUUUACAAAAAAUAAUUACAUAAAAAUAUAUUUGAGCUUAGUAUUUGUUUAUUUGGGUUGGAAGUUAGCUCAUACAGAGCUAACUUCCAACACGGCGU